AUGAAGGAUGUGAUUAAUGCAUUCAGGAACACGCCUAGUGGUGAUAUUCUGCACCGAGAAGCCAUCACGAAAUUGCUCGUGUCUUACUAUGAAGCUGUUCCCGCAGUUGCAUUGGAAACGAAGUUUGAUGUGUCUGUGUCGCUGACUCAAGCUCUACAAGAUAUGGAUAACUUGAAAGCAACUCCAGGAGACCGCGGACUACGCAUGAUGGAGCUGGAAAAUCUCUUCAUGUUUGCGCAUUUUUCGCCCGGAAUGCGUUGGUUUACUAAGGGCCAAGAUAUCCCAUUUUCACCCUUCAUGGCCAUGCUUAAGCUCUCAGCAGAGGCUCCUGCCGACGCGCCACUACUACGUUUACAAUCUGUUCUAUCGUCAAUCAAUCAGAGCAACCAGAUACUCCAAUCCCAAACCUCAAUCUCGGCUCUGGAGUCCUUGAUUUUACGAUUAAGAGACACAUCUGCUAAAUCAAAAGCGAAGCAUAUCUACGCCUUUUUGGACGACUGCAUGUCUAGAUGUGCAGCCACUCCGGUCAAAUAUAUCUACAUGCUUGAGGAAAUACGGUCUGAAACGCCCAAGGACGCGGAACUGCCACCAUUCAGUCUCCUUACGCUAGUUAUUGCUGAGCAGUGGCCGUUUCUGGUGAAAGCAGAAAAUUCUCAUGCAGAAGAUAUUGCGACAUUCGUCAGAGACUAUAUGGCCACGUGUGUGAAAAUUAAGGAGGAUGAGAAAGCUAUGAACUCUGUGCUAGACAGUCUUCUUGUCGCAACUCCGAAAGAUACAACCACAGGAGCUAUUCUGUCGCAAUUCAGCGAGCGGGUUGGUGAAAUUUCCAUCCCACAGCCAAAAGUUGCCUCUCCGACAACCAAGGAGUCCAAAGUUGAGGACGACAAACCCUCUGAAGCGGAGAAACAAUCUGCAAUGACCAUGAUGCAGGAUGACGCUCCAGCUGCAAACGAGGAUCACAACGCGCUUAUGAGGUGGACUGCCAAAGAUGUUGAAGAAGUUGUGGAGGGUGGUCAUUUGGCAUCCUUGAUAAUGCUAUUGUCGUCAGAACACUUACACAUUCGCAGGGAAGCCCUAACAAACAUUUCAAAAUUUGCCGCCAAGCUUAAAGAAUCCACCUUCGAGGAAAAGGAGCAAAUAUGGCUGCUACUUUCUGAACUUGUGGAGAGCAGUAGAAAGGCUAUUGACGAGGCGCCUCUGAGCACUAUCAUAACAGCAUUCGCAUCCCACGCCGUCCGCGUUCUCAACGACCCUUUACAUUGUCUCUAUCCAAAAGUCAACAAAUUUCUCUCGCAAGGCCCAACUUGGGAUUUAGACAAAGUUCCAUUGCUGUAUAAAGUCCUUGACGAAUCUCCAAGUCUUGACGAUGCUUACUAUCAAGAAGCAAGCUGGCUUUUGAAUUAUAUGCUAGCUGGUCUACGCUCAGCACAAGACAUGGCCAUAUAUCGUAGGAGACGAGUCUUUGAAAAGCUUUUUAGCUUGUGGAAUAGCUCCUACCUUGCACCCGGCCUGAGGGAUAGAAUAUUAAGAAUUCUUUACAGGGCCACUACAAUCGAAGGGGGCAGCACCACACUGAUCACUAGAUUUAGCACGAUGACUUGGCUGGAGGCUCAGGUCGCCUUAGGUGCUGGAACGUCUCUCAAGGUUCUAAUGGAUAGGAUCCUGGAGUCCUCGGAUAAAAAGAGGGUUGGAAAAUGGGCAAAAGGCGUUACUCGUGUGAAGGGGAACACGUUGAAAAUUUGA